AGUUGGGCGGUGAGUGCGUCGGGCGGCCGUGUCUUCGCCAACCGCGUCGAGGUGUCGAAGGCGAUCUCUCUGUAGCGCACGAACGGCUCAGCACCAGGAAAACCUCGACGGCCACCGCAGUUAUUGUGGCGGCUUCCUGCCAGGCGGUUCGCGGUACGCUCUAACAUUGGAAAAUUCAAAUAGUCGCGUAGUGAAAACAAAUUCAUAUUCAGAAAUCAUAUUCCUGAACUGCAUCUAUUGCACAACUAACGAUUAGCACUGACCACUGAAACGAAUUGCUCAACUAAAGCGAAAGUGAGUCACAUCGUCAGAGGAAAAGUAAAAGCACCAUAAAUUUGGCACACGUGAAACCGUUAAAAUAAUACAAUAAAAAAUUAAUAUGUUCCGGCAAGAGAUAAUUUAAGGCCUUUGGAAAAAAGAACAAAGACUGUUUUGUUAUAAAUCGCAAAACAUCUAUGUCUGUGUGUACACAGAUACGAACUUAUAGUAGUGAUGAAUAAGAAUUAAUUACCCGAACGAAAAAGCAUUCUUCCUGAAAAUUAUCAAAAAAGAAAAGAAAAUAAAAUAAAAUACAGUAUAGGCACAUAGAUACAAAGGAACAUUUCCAAAUUUCAAAUAAGUCUUGCAAUAAAAAUAUACAAUUCUUCGGUGAAUGAUGAAAGCCACCGUCCGUCAUCGUCGCAGUCGCAGUCGCAGUCGCAGUCGAACGUGAGAGAUUUGUCGCGCGUUUCUCGAGGUGUCGCUAAGAAUAGAAUCAUUUGUACCAGAAGACGAAGAAGCAGACUGUGUGCACAACAAAUUUAUGGUGUGUAAACGUACAUACGUACAUACAUACAUACAUACAUGCACACAAGCGUACGUUAGGUUAAUAAUAAUUAAGUGACAAAAACGUUAAUAAAAUACAAAAUAUUGCAAAUAAAAUAUAUUCGUGUAGCAAAUAACGCUAAUUACAGUUAAAUUUACAGAGGAAAAACUUUACGAAUCAAGUGAUUAAUUUAUUUUGAACGGCACAAGAACAAGACGCACCACUAUGCCUCUCUACACGGAUCAAGGCUAUUACUAUAGUGGCGGUAGCAGUCAACUCUACGCACCCUACUACACCCCGGGUCUCUACACUACACCCGCGACGAGCUCUUCGAGCAGCUCUUAUGCGCCCUACUCGUCCACCUAUAAUCGUACUUUCGGCGGCAGCUAUAUACUUCCAUUGACACCGCCGCGCACGCCAACCUACACCACAGCACACAGCUUGGCCUCCCGCUAUCAGCCGAAAUUAUCAACAAUAACAGAGACAUCCGCGCUCAUCAGUUCAAGACACGGCGGUACACUGCCGCUCACACGCAUACAUUCGCCGAAGGUUUCAUCCUACACGGCAGCGACCACAACAAACACAGCAAAAUAUGUGCCACCGCGCCCCAUACCAAUUAAUACGGCCGAUAUCGAUGUAUCCUCAAGUCGAUAUCAACACCACAAAGAUGAGAAGGCAGAAAACGAGAAGCUAGCUCAACAGGAUCGUAACGGCAGACGUAACAGUAUUGAAAAGAAGGAGCAGGAAAAUACGGAAGCUAAAGAGGAAUCAAAGGUUCAAGAGAACAGAGGCAGGCGCUCCACCAUUAAACGCGACCGUCCGGUGGUACGUUUGUCCACAAUACGUUCACGCAGUAAAGAUCGCAAUCGCGCCACAAAGUCUACAUCUUCAGGUACGGACGACUCUCCGGAGACAAAGUCGAAAGUGUUCAAGGAUCUACCCACAAUAGAGCCACUGCACACAACUGAAACGCAUAUCAGUUGGCGACAGAAGUUGGCUGAUGAGUUGGCAGCAGCACCUAUAUAUCCUGCCAAGAAAUCACCGGGAGAUUUAAUACGCGAACGCUAUCUCAUACAAGACGCCUUGACCGCGGAUCUCAAUAAGACUGAACACAGCAAAGAAGCUGCAGCGAAAAGUGAUGAUAACAACUUGACACCGUUAACUGAUGAGGUAGUUAUCGAAUUGGAUGUGGAUCCUACUAACAAUACGAUACGCCGCUUAAGCAUACCCCAAUGCCCCACCUUCCAUGAUAUCUGCAAAGACAUCUCUUCUGAUAAAAUUGAUGACGACCUCAACGCAGGCGAACUAAGACGUCGCGCAUCGCUAAUACAAGAACAAGAGCAAGAAAUAUUAAACCAACUUCAGAAGUCCGCAUCGGGCACUUUCCAGUUAAUACACUUAGAAAGACGUGAUAGUCAUGAUAGCCAGGCAGAGGAGGAUCAACGGCAAUCGACAAAGAAGCGUAAGUCGAAGAAAGGCAAGAAGAUUAGACAUAAAAUUACCGCAGUCGUUGAAGUGGAGAACUCGCCAUUUCUACCAGUAUUACAAGAAAAAGAAGAACUCUGUGUUACGCCGGCUGGCAAAAGCUCUUCGCCGAAACCAAAGUUCACAUUCAACGUCGAGUCUAUGGAUGAACAUCAUGAGAUUAACACCUUCGUUAAGCUGCCCAAAAGGAAAAGUGUUAAAAGGAUCGCGAGACCUAAGGAAGUCAUACUACCCGAAGGAUUCAUGCAAGCAAGUCCUAAAACGAAGGCCCAACUCAAAACCAAAUCACCUCCGAAAAAGAAAACCUUUGUCAGCACUGCAGAGAUCUUCACAUUUGAGCCCUCAAGUAUAGAUCUAUAUGCCGCCAGCAAUGUAACACCGAGUGAAAUAGUUGAAAACAAAUGUACGAAAAUUGAAGCCGAUACAAAGAUAAGCCCGAAGCCAACUAUCCAACCUGUAAAGGCGAAGGCCUUAACACCCUUGAAAACCUCAAAUUCACUGGACUCCGCUUUGAACAAAUCUAAAGCCGAUAUUGUCCUAUCAACUUUAGAGAAAUCCCAAUCUCUCGAUGCCACGAACGUUGGAAAACCACCUGAAUUGCUAACCCCCGUCGUGAGUAUUCCAAAAGUCGGAAAAUCAAAAACAGAAAUACCAAAAGUUGAAGCACCUAAAGUCAGAACAACAAAAGUGGGAGCACAAACUGCUGAAACACCAAAAGGCGGAUCAUCACAUGCUGAAAAAUCAAAAGUCGAAACACCGAAAGUCGAGACACCGAAAGUCGAAACACCAAAAGCCGAGACACCUAAAGUUUCAUCGGCAACCGGAAAAGAAAGUCAACAUAUUGCGGUGGAAAAAUCAGACAGUGGGGAAGAUUUUUGGGCCCAAAUUGGCAAACGGGAAUCAGUCUAUAUGACAAAUCGAAAAAAAAGUUUAAUUGAGAACCAGUGGCAAAAAUGCGAAGAGCUACUCGAAUCUGAAGCUGUGGAGGACGUGAACAAUAUUGAAGAGAUCAAGUCUGUGGUAACGGCACAAAAGAAUGAAGCACUAAAGAAAGCCGAUCAGGAUAUGGCUAAGAUCAAUGAUAAGGGUGUAGUUGGCAGAUCUCAAUCUACCGAAUCCAAUGUAUCCUCUAGAGACAAGAAGGUUCCGAAGAAUUCGAAAGUAUCAGAUAAAAUGGAGCAACGAGAAGUCGCCGCCAAGAAACCACUGGCAACAACAACUCAAAAAUCUUCUGUCAAUAUAAAAUUAGAAACAGAAAAUUUGACAACAACAACACCAAUAACAACCGCAUCGUCAAACGCGACGGCAGCUGCAACAAGCGCCGCGUCUAAAAUAAAUUCUGGGCAAGCAGCCAAGUCACCUGAACAAGAACCGAACAAAUUUACGACACAAGUGAACAACGACAACGACAGUGAAAGCAACGUCAAAGCAGAUAAACCGAUAUUAUUCAUUAGCCAAACAAAUACAGCAACAAAACAAACAGCAACAAGUACAAAAACAACUGCAACAGAAAUACAAACACCAACAACACCGAAAUCCAUUACUCCAACGGCCGAGGGUAAUCUGAAAGUAGCUGAAAAGUUGGCAACAUCCAACGAGGCGCAAGUAAUCGGCACAACAAUCGAGGCGAAUACAAAACCAACAGUCAGUGGAGGCAACAAGCCGGAAGCACGAAUAGCGGCACCAAAGGAAGUGAACGUAAAAUCGGAUAGCUAUGAGAAGAAGAAUGUUGGAGCCACCUUGCCAACCACACCGACCCUAGCACCACCAACUUUGGCUGCGUCCACCGCCCCCGGCGUCACUGGUACCAAGCCAAAAACUGCCCCCAAAUCAAUAGCAACAACAACAAAACCACAAGUCACGAAACCAAUUGGCAAAUCAAAGGCGUCUCCUCGGAGCGCGCCACCAGUGACACCCAUCAAUGCCGAUCAAUUCAUUUCGGUAGCACCCCCAAAGUCGGCUACGUCACCGACUAAAACUAAAACGACGUCACCACAGAAUACGAAAGCAAAGGGAAAACAAACAACAACGCCACUCGCCAACAGGGCAAUAAACAAAGAGGAACACGAGAAAGAGAAAGUGACUAAAACAAAAAUAUCGCCGAAAACAACAGCCACAGCAGCUCCACCGUCAGUAGCAGUCAUGCCGAAAGUAGCGACAACAGCUGUCGUUGCCAUUACUGCAACCACAACAACGACGGCGACAAAGCUACCAAAUGCCACGACGACGACGACGACGACGUCUUCCACAUCCCCAGAGUCCGCAACAGCCCCAAUCAUAUCGCCGCCGCCAGUACCGGUCGCCACAGAAUUGCUAGCGCGCCGCAAAAGUCACGAAGAUGCCGAAGACGACGGCGAGAACAAUCACAAUAAGCACCAGCAGGCACACGCGCCAAAUAAUUUAUCAAAAUUCGCAACAGUACAGAAUUUGGCACAGUGUUUACAAGACGUUGACGCUGAUCUAGAAGACUACAUACCGUCAUCUGCGGAAAAUAGCGAUGACGAGGACAGUUCAGACAAUUACUCCAGUGUGGACGGUUGUGAUUAUCAAAAUUUGAGUGCAAGCAUGAAGAAGAAAGUGCGACAACGACGCAAAAAGGAGAAACAGGCCGAACAGGCGCGUUUCGAUCCGCAAAAGAAAAUUAAAAUCGAUCCCUCCAACAAGUGUUACGUGAAAGAGGAGGCACCGCGAUAUCCGCUUGUCGCGACUCCGCGCCCACUAUGGAAACGCGAGAAAAUAGUGUAUCCCGUCGAGGAUUCGGAUGAUGAAAGUGGUGAUAGUGAUGAGAGUGGAUCGGGUAGUGAAGAAACCGAAGACAGUGAAGAGUGCACCACGUCCGAGGAAUACGAGGACGACUUGAGUACCAACGCCAGUAGUGGUGCGGCCACUGGCAGCAAUGUCUCAAAGGAGAAUUCCGCAAUUAUACGUUUAAGUACCUGCAGCAAUGAUUCGGGUUUUGAAGGCGGCACUGCGCCCUCUAGUCCCAAAAAGAUGCUUGAGUGCGAUGUGAACUGUCAUAAGAAAUGCGAACAUUUAAUGGCCAACUUAUGCGGCGUCAAUCAAAAGCUGAUGGUGGAAGCUUUAGCUUGCGUGAAACGAGGCGCACGUGAUGCCCGGGAUUCGCCCAGUACGCCGCCAAGCUCAAAUCCUGCUUACAAAAUCGAAGCCAACGAGGAACAUGAUGAAACAUCCUACACGUAUUCGCAAUUUCAAAAGUCGGGGCGUUUCACCGCGCCAGCUACCGUUAUUCCACGAUUCAAAAACUACUCAGUGGACGACUUCCACUUCCUGGCCGUGUUGGGCAAAGGAAGCUUCGGCAAGGUGCUGCUGGCCGAGCUACGCGACACCACCUAUUACUACGCCGUCAAGUGUCUGAAGAAAGAUGUCGUUCUCGAGGAUGACGAUGUCGAUUCAACCUUAAUCGAACGCAAAGUGUUGGCAUUGGGCACCAAGCAUCCGUAUCUGUGUCACCUGUUCUGCACAUUUCAAACUGAGAGUCACUUAUUCUUUGUUAUGGAGUAUCUCAACGGUGGCGAUCUAAUGUUCCAUAUACAGGAGAGUGGUCGGUUCCCGGAGGAGCGAGCUCGUUUCUAUGGCGCAGAAAUCAUAUCCGGCUUGAAGUUCCUGCAUAAAAAAGGCAUCAUAUACAGAGAUCUGAAAUUGGACAAUGUGUUGUUGGACUUUGAAGGUCACGUGCGCAUCGCGGAUUUUGGCAUGUGCAAAUUGCAAAUCUACCUCGACAAGACUGCAGACAGUUUUUGUGGUACACCAGAUUACAUGGCGCCUGAAAUCAUAAAGGGUGAAAAGUACAAUCAAUACGUCGAUUGGUGGUCAUUUGGAGUUUUACUCUACGAAAUGUUAAUUGGACAAUCGCCAUUUAGUGGUUGCGAUGAGGAUGAACUAUUCUGGUCGAUUUGCAAUGAGAUUCCUUGGUUCCCUGUUUAUAUAUCAGCAGAGGCCACAGGCAUUUUGAAGGGACUUCUUGAAAAAGACUACACCAAACGCAUAGGCUCCCAAUACAGUCCCGCCGGUGAUAUCAGUGAGCAUAUAUUUUUCAGACCCAUCGAUUGGGAUUUGCUGGAGAAGCGGCAAUUACCGCCGCCCUUUAAGCCGCUAGUGAAACAUCCGUUGGAUACACAAUACUUCGACAGGGUCUUUACAAAAGAGCGCGUGCGUUUGACGCCCAUCGAAAAGGAUAUUCUGCAAUCCAUGGAUCAGAAGCCUUUCCUUGGUUUCACAUACACAAAUCCACACAUAACACUAGAUUAAGUAGAGUGAGCGCAUUCGCUAGAUUCCACAAACAUUUUUAAAUAUAAAUGUUUCAUAAAAUCUUUAGGAUCGGAAUAGAUGGAAAAGAUUCUUUGACGGAAACUAAAGGAGAAAUGCACAUCUCAAAAUUUUACUCAUAGCAGCAAAGGGUCCGUAUCAAAAAUUUCGUAUGGAUUGAGUUUGCAAUACAAAGUUUGUUUCAAACCAGUAUUUAAAAGAAUAAUAAUUUAGACUAAGCAGAAGAGGAUUAGGUUAAACAUUUCUUAGCAUAAGACAGUUAUGGAGUUUGUAAAUGUAUAUUUGUUUGUAUGUAACGCUCACCUUUUCACCAAAAGUCCAUCCAUUAAUAUUAGAACCCAGGUCCCAAUUGUUGGCUGAAGCCACCAAGCGUAC